AUGGUCAACGUUCCCAAGACGCGCAAGACCUUCUGCAAGGGGAAGGACUGCCAGAAGCACACCUUGCACAAGGUCACUCAGUACAAGGCUGGCAAGGCCUCUGCCUUCGCCCAGGGCAAGCGCCGUUACGACCGCAAGCAGAGCGGUUAUGGUGGUCAGACCAAGCCCGUCUUCCACAAGAAGGCGAAGACCACAAAGAAGAUUGUGCUCCGUCUGGAGUGCUCGGUUUGCAAGACGAAGAAGCAGCUCCCUCUGAAGCGCUGCAAGCACUUCGAGCUUGGCGGUGACAAGAAGACCAAGGGUGCUGCCCUCGUGUUCUAA